AUGGAUUGCGAUAUUAUUGCCGUUUUGUAUCCCCGCGACGAUCACAAUGGAAGGUCGACAAAAGCGAUCAAGGCGAGUUCGCGUUACGUGCCUCCUCAGCUUAAGCGCCCCCGAUACAACCGCCACGAGCGAGAGUCAACUCAGCCACUGCAGAAUCCUGAGGCAUCGGCGCUCGACUAUCUUUCGGGCCUUGUGGUAUCUCGAACACCCCUUUUAGCCACCACUGACGAGUUCAACCGCCCCAUCAUCAAGGAUUUGAACUAUCUAGGAGGCACUCAAGUAACUUGCAAUGGGAAGGGCGAGGGAUUCCGGAGGGAUUUCCGCUGGAUCGUUGGCGGCAAAACAGUAGAUAUCGUGCACCCGUAA